AUGCGCGAGCAAGAUCUACGAACUGAUUUUGUGAUAGGACCCAAGUUGCGGCAACGGUUACUCAAUUAUGUAAGGAAAAAGUGCAGGAGGAAUAUAAAUAAUUCUUAUACUGUUGAGGAUCUUGAUCCUUUUGCACGUGCUGAUAUAGCACAUGAAAAUGUAAUCAUCAUUAUGAAGAAUCGUGAGCUGCUGCCUGCACGCUGGAUGUAA